AUGGUCCUCGAAGAAGCCACCUCCCCCCAAGAACCCUCCGCCUCAACCUUCCCCUCCGACGCCCCCUCCUCCGACGAUGACCCCUACGCAGGCGACCGCUCCCCCACCAUCCUCUCGACCCGCGAUCCCACCUACGUCCCCAUAAACCAACCGGGCUCCGAACAGAUCUACGUAAACCUCACGAACCUCCCCAAACCGGUAUUCCAAUCGACGCACCCGCCGUUCAUGACCUCCGCCAUCCAAGACGCCUGCAAAGCCGCGUCGUCAGUGCUCCAACGCCCCGUUCGACAGGAAGAAGCCGAUGCACUGGCAUACCACAUGACGCGAGGUCUACGAAUAGGAAGUUAUGGAGGACCCAUAGGCACUCUCUGCGCGAUGCCCAUAUUCCUGCGAGGCAUUCCCAAGUUCCGCUUCCCAGGCUGGACGCCGGGGAAAAAGUUCAAUCCAGAUAAAUUCAUGUUUCUGAGUGGAGGCCGCGCGAGGAUCAUGUGGCACACGAUGCGGUUUUUCGCGUACUCCUUCGCGGGGACGAUGGCGGGACAGGUGGCGUUGGGGAGCUAUGCGUUGAGCGCGGGGAGUGCGGGGCGGUUGAUGGAUCCGAGACUGAAAGAUUUGAGUCAGAAGAUCAGGGAGAAUGCGCGGAAUGGGCCGGGGGGGCUGUUGCCUGGGAAGAGGGAGGUGGACCAGACGGCGGGGCCGAGGGAGGGGGAGACGGUGGAGAUGGCGAGGCAGAGGGCGAGGGUGCAGGAGGCGUGGAGGAGGAAUCGGCAGGGUGGGGCGGUGGUUACGGGGGGUGCGGUGGAUGAUAUGAGUCCGACGGGGGGUGCUUUUGCUGGGGAUUUUGUCGAGGAGGGGAGUGGGAGUCAGAGCGAUACGUUUGUUUCGAGUGAUGUGCAGGCGCAGAGGCAGAUUUCUUCGGCGCAGAGGCAGGAUGGAGGGCAGAGUCAGAGUCCGAGUCAGAGGCCGAGUGGUAAUGGAUCGCGAAGAGAAGAAGCCUCAGAUCCAUUCGCAAGCUCAUCGUCUGAACCCGAGUCGAAACCCUCUGGCAGUGCGUGGGAGAGGUUACGGCAGCAGGCUGCUUCUGGGCAGAAUCGACCUUCGACGUCUCGAGCACAGCCUGCGUCAAGAUCUACUUCUAAUGAGGGUGAUAGCUUCACCUUCUCGAACGCGGAUGAGGAUAAGCAGCUUGCAAGGGCAGAGGCACAGAAACAGUUCGAUGCGAGGAUAGACCGGGAAAGGGAAGGGAAGGAUUUUGAAGAUUCGAGGGGGAGACGGGGGUGGUGA